AUGAGCAAAGGACCAUGGGUGGGAACAUGGAGACCUCACCGUCCAAGAGGUCCCAUCAUGGCCCAGUUUACCAGUCCAGGGCCCAAGUACUAUGUACAAGGAGCAACAGGUUUUAUGUCCCACAUUGCAACCAAAAGGAAAGCUCCUGCCUACAGUAUGCAUGGAGCAAAACCUUUACUCAGCAAAGAGUGCUCCCCAGGUCCUUACAAUGUGCAUUCCUCCAUGACUUAUCGGGGGAGGAAAACUGCUCCAGCUUACACAAUGCAGGGGCGCCACCGAGUUAAAAUGGAGACAACACCAGGCCCUGGUUCUUACUCACCAGAGAAGUCUCAAAAAAUUGUCUAUAAAAAUACUCCUAAGUAUUCCAUGUCAUUCAGGCAUGAAGGUGCCAAAGCUGACAGCAUUCCAGGUCCUAAUGCAUACAUGAUCCCCCAGAUGCUUGGACCAUACACAGUGGCUACAACUGCCAGCCCUAGCUACACCAUGACAGGGAAGAGUAAGCUUGGGCAUUUUUAUGAUGACCUCCAUAAGACCCCUGGCCCUGCUGCAUACGUAACACCAGAAACAGAACUUUACAAAAAGAAAUCCCCAGUGUACUCUAUGGGAUCCCGAAUUAAAUCUUCAACAAUUAAAUUGGGACCUGGACCAGCAGACUAUGAAGUAGGAAAGACAUCAUUGCUCAAAUCUUGUGCUCCAGUUGUUUCUUUUGGAAUCCGACACUCUGAUUACACAUCACCUCUUAUUGUGGAUGUCUGCUGA